CUAUAAAAGCCGCCUGGCAGCCCUGACCCCGGCAGACCACAGCUCUGCCCCGGCGCCACAGAGCAGCCCUCCUGCAGCCCAGCAUGGCGAAGGCAGCCGGGGUGGUCUAUGCUCUCCUCCUCCUCGCCGCACUGUGCUGCCAGAGCCUGGCCCAGAGAGCCCCGGCCGUGCCGGACAAGUGCUGCUUCAACUUCCAGACAAGAAGGAUCAAGAGAGACAACGUUGUCAGCUGCUACGUCACCAGCCCCGAGUGCCCGCACCAGGCUGUGAUCUUCAGGGUGAAGAGCGGGAAGGAAAUCUGCGCCCAGGCAAGCAGGCCCUGGGUGAAGAGGUACCAGCAGAGCUUCCAAGUCAGCUCCUUCUCCAUCCCCAGCUAGUGGGGCGGCUGGAGGCAGCACAGGGAGUCCCCUGUACAGGGGACAGGACACCAUGAAGGUGACCCCUUUGCUGAGCCGGCUGCUGGGACAUCACAUUUGGAUACAGAAGCUUGUUGGGGACAUCCUCCCCAUCACACUGCUAUGACCCUCACCACAUCUCUGAAGGCUAAGGGCCUUUACCAUCCCCAGCAUCCCACCAGGAUGUGGUGUGCUGGCCCCACAGGACACUGGGGUCCAGACCCACUGCCAGCCCCACACUCUCAGCCCUGCCUUGGCACAUAGGCAGCUGCCCGUACCCCUUGCAGGCAGCAGCAGCGUGUCAGUGAGGCUGUGCCCGCCUGCCUGGCAGCAGCAGAGGGGUUAAGGGGGAGCAAUUCCAUGGUUAUUUUUUGUACAACACGCUGAACAGAAUUAAACAUGAUCUCACGCAUGCAAA